UGUAGACGACUCCAUGUUCUAGAUUUCGUAAACAAACGUAAAACAAAGAUAAAAUUAUCAUUAUUUUUGUUUCGGUGGUUUUUUAAAAAAGUGUAAAACCCGGAAAAUUUUCGCACCCUAAAUGAAUAUAAUUCUGCAUUUAGUACACUUUAAGUAAUGUUAUAUUAAUCAGUAAUUAGUGUAUAACACGUAGGUUGAAAUCGUUCUCAUUCCUUGGCUGUAAUCUAAUCAAGUAAUCGUGUCAUCGUUCACUGAAUCUGUAUCCACCGAAUUUAUGUAAAAGUUCGUACAACUGAUCAAAUCUAGUAAAAUUGAAUAAGACUACGGCAGCGGAACAUAACUCGACUUAAUUUGCUGUAAUCCAUUGCGGUCAUUUAACCAUGGAUGAGCAGUACUGCUUAAAGUGGGGCAGUCACACCGAAGCUAUCACAGACAUCGCUUACAAAUUCCUAGAACACGAGUCUCUGGUCGAUGUUACUCUUGUAUGCCAAGAAUUCAAUCAGACGCAUUUUUUCAAAGCUCAUCAAAUAAUUCUGUCAGCAUGUAGUCCGUAUUUCGAAUCAUUAUUUUUAAAUAACACUCAUCCUCAUCCAAUUGUAUUCUUGACCGAUAUAAAAAAGAAAGAAUUGGAAACAAUAUUGAUGUUCAUGUAUCGAGGCGAAGUGAACGUGGAACAUGAUAGAAUUAAGAGUAUCCUGAAUACUGCCAAGUCCCUUAUGGUUCGAGGUCUGUGCGAUAACGUUUGUGAAACCGAUCGCGAUCCUUCGAGUCAAUCUCAAGAAAUGAAACGAAGCCAGAAUACCGAACAUUUUUCACCUAAGAGAAGGAAGUACGAAGAAAAUGGUAGAAUGAGUGAGAACUUCGAUGAAGAAUACGAAGACGAUUACGAAGCGAAAUAUCCUAGGUGUGGUUCGCCAUCGGCUUGUUACGAUUCACCUGUGAUUAGAAAAAUAGAAGCAAUAGAUUGCACAGAUCGUAUAAAUAGCAGUAAAGAUGAUCCGAUGGAUUACUCUAUGGAGACUUUUUGCAGAAAUGAAUCGGUCAAUCGGUAUCAUAAUAACUCACGAGUCUACGAAGAUGAUAAAUCCAACCCUCAUCGUUCAUACAGCGCAUCCCCUGAUACUGAAUACUCGGCACAGAAAUCUAAUAAUUACUCGUCUAACGAACACAUUAACGCUGAAAACGAAAAAGUCAUCAUUCGAAGAGUAAAUUCUUCCUUGUCGGUAAACUGUCGAAAUUCAUCCAGCCAAGAAAUCUCGGUUAUUCAAGCCAACUCUAGUAAUUCUGAGAACACCGUACAAAUUCCUUAUACAAAUGUGAUACCACCCCAAUUCAUAGGACCUAAGAGAGUAGGCCAUUUUCAAUCCAAAUGGAUGGAAUUGUUCAGCUGGUUGCAAUACGAUAAAGAAUCGAAGAAAAUGUACUGUAAAUUUUGUCGCAAAUGGGGUGACAUUAUACCUAAUAUUCGUCGAACGUCUUUCGUAGAUGGCAGUUGUAAUUUCAGAUUCGAAAUAGUUAAACAUCACGAUUGCAGUAAAUCGCAUCAAAUAUGCGUUCAUAAAGAUGAAACUAACGAAACAGAGUACAAAUUUUAAUUCCGAAAGUUGCACUUUUUUCUUUACUUUUGUUAACGAGUGUUGUUUUUCGUUCGCAUAUCACUUUUGUAGAAUUCAAUUCGCAUUUAGAAUGUGUGCCAUUAUUAUUAUGAUCGAGUCUUCGAGAUAGAAUGAUAGAAGUACGAUAUUAUACUUAUUGGUUUAAGUACUUUAAAUUUACCCAAAAUUGUUACCUAGUUCCCCGAAUCACUUCGGUGAAUAUUGUUUUCUGCGCAUUUUUGCAAAAUGCAUGAUUUUUUCUGAGAAGUAAAAUUUAGUUGUGAAACCUACCGUUUAAAUUUAGGUACUUUGUUUUUAAAUUUUUACAUUGAGUUCCUUUAAUUUAUACAUCACGUUAGAUUACAAUUACAACACCUUUAUUUUCACGAAAUUUGUUAAUUAAUCCCCAGAUAGUAAAAGUGCUGUUAGUUCAUUUAACGAAGUCGUAGUUGAAUUUUAUAUUUAUGAACUAUAUGUAUGGGAGGAGGGAGGGGGUUGGACUUUUGCAUAAUUCUGAAAAAUACUUUAAUGUUUAUAUUCUUUCUCAAUUUUCAUUUAUGGUUUUUCUUUUUAUUUGUACUUAUAGUUUAAUGUGUGGUUAUGAACGUUGAAGGCGGUGGCGUUUGAAAAGGUUUCCUGUCUGUGAUAAUUUUAACAGAUUGUGAUAAAGCAGUAAUUUAAUUUUCAUUACGUUUUGUAUUAUAAUUUUAUUGUAAUUUCUUUUUUUUCCAAUUCGUAAAAUCAAAAAUAAAUAAUGCUUUCUGGAUGA